AUGAGCCUGGCUUAUCCACUCCUCCGGCUCCCAUGCCGCUGCUCCCCCGCGCCGCCGCGGUCCGCCGCCGCGACGUCAGUGGUGUCGCUCUCGGCCUCCGCGGCGGAAGGUGCCGGCGGGGACGGUGACCUGACGGCGCGGGAGAGGCGGCAGCAGCGGAGGGAGGCGCGGGUGCUCAAGGCGCGGGACUGGAAGGAGGAGGUGGAGGAGCGGCUCAUCCACGAGCCGGCGCGGCGCCGGAAGAAGCCCGUGAAGAGGACGUGGCGGGAGGAGCUCAACCUCGACUUCCUGGCGGAGCAUGGCCCGCAGUGGUGGCUCGUGCGCGUCUCCAUGGCGCCCGGCACUGACUACGUCGACCUCAUCACCAAGGCCGUCGCCCGCCGGUUCUCCGAAGUCUCCUUCAAGAUUUACAAUCCAGCAAUCCAAGUCAAGAAGAGGCUGAAAAGUGGCUUAAUCAGCACCAAAUCCAAGCCUCUGCAUCCUGGCUUGAUCUUCCUGCACUGCACCUUAAACAAGGAACUUCAUGACUUCAUCAGAGAUACUGAAGGUUGUUAUGGCUUUAUUGGAGCUACACGAGGUUCUAUUAAAAGGCAGAUUAAGAAGCCUAAACCUAUUCCAUUGGAAGAAGUUGAAUCGAUUCUUAAAAAGGAAAAGGAGGAACAAGAGAAAGCUGACAAAGAAUUUGAAGACCUGGAAAACUGGGGUAGUGUUGAGUCUUUCAGUAAACCUGUUGAAGACUCUGAACUUAUGUUAAUUAAUAAAAUCAAGAAACAGGUCAAGAAAUCAACUUCAAAAGGCGUCUCCACCCUCAACCCUUAUGCACCUGGUGCCAGUGUUCAUGUUCUUUCUGGGCCUUUCGCAGGCUUCAGUGGCUCUCUCCUGGAAGUGAAUCGCAAAAAUAAGAAGGUUACUGUACAGACGACACUUUUUGGCAAGGAGAGCUUUGUAGAUCUUGAUUUUGAACAAAUUGAGGCAGUCAAUACUUAACGGCAUCUUGUGUACUACAGACCCACAGCAUCAGUAGUUUUAUUAGUUGCCUCCUGGAGGUAUGAACCAAGCACUUCAGUAUAUGGUUGUGUUGCAGACCACCUGAUUGAGUGACCAACACGACAAAAUAAUUAGCAUUGGAGCUUCCAUAAAAACUAACCGGUGCUUUGGAAUGUGCGAUGAAUCAGGAUUGGAUAUGCUGACUGGGGAUGACACCUCCACUUGGUUGCUCACAUUCGACCUUAGACCUAGUUCUAUCAUGUAGAAAGAAAUGCUUCAACAGUUUGUAUUCUUGUAGCACCACAGAAUAUUCAUUUCAUAUAAUAAUGAUCAUUUUUUCCUUUUGAGAUAGGGAAAAAAAGAACACUA